AUGUCUCCCAGCCCCGUGCCCCCCCUCUGUCAGGGACCCCCCGGCCCCCCCAGCGGCCCUCCCCCGGGCUCCCCCGCCCCGCCGCGCCCACCCCAGCACGGGCCGGGGCCCCCCCGCCCUCCGCGGGCAACAAAGCGGGGCCGGGCCCUCCCCGCCGGGCCUGCUCGGGGCUCCCGGGAGGGGCCGUGCCCGGGGGGGGGGCCCACCGCCGCCGUGAGGGAGCGCGGCCCAGGAGGUACCGCCACGGGGCCGCCCCCCGCUGAACAAUGCCGCCGCCGUUCUCCCGCGGCCGGAUGGGGAACGGAAGAGCGGUGCGAGGGACGGGAAGGGCCCGCCGAGCCCCCGCCGGGUAACAAUGGGGCCGACACACGGCCGGGCGCCGAGCGGGAGAGCCGGGCGCAGCGCCCCACCGCCGCCGCUCGCUUCGGGCCGCCCUGCCGCCGCUCCGCCCGCUCCUCCCGCCAAUAUGGCCCCACCGGCGGCUCCGCAGGGGUGCGCGGCGCGGCGGGGGCCCGAUCCGGUGCCGAUACUCACGGGCGGAGCGGUAGGAUGAAGCUGGAUCUCGGCCCCCCCCAGGCCGCUCGCCGCCUGCCUCUCCCCCUGCCUUUCACUCCGACAACAUGGCGGCCCACUGGGGACGGGCGGCGCGCUGCAUGCCGGGAAGGCGAGGCGGCCCGGCCGAGGGCGGCCCGACCGCGGCCUUGGGUAGGCCCGGCGCGGCUUGGGGGCGGCUCUGCGCGGCCUGGGAUCGGCUCAGCGACGUUUCUGGUGUUCCCCGAGCCGGGCUUUCACCGCUCGCUGGCUCAACACGUAUGGUGACACUUUUCUACCACUCAAACCACUCCACCUUGUUGGUCAUCCUUGCUAGGAGAG